UGUUAUCUUUUUAUUACGCGGUAAAAUUGGGGAAAAAUCUACUUCAAACAAUAGUUUACAAUUGUUUGUUAAAAUGAGCACACUUUCAAAAAUUCGGAUAAAAUCGCAAAGUGGAAAGCUGGAUAUUACUUCUAACGCGCUGCCUCGUAAAAUUAAUGGCACCACUAUCAAUUUUACCACCAGAAAACCUGUAUUUAAAUCACAAUAUGUACAAGCUGUUAUACUUGGCAGAAAAGCCCGCGAUUCGGAUACAACCGUCGAGCUUCGAGAAGAAAAAUAUGAAAUACAUAUCGAAAGAACAAACGCUGGUCUUGGCCUGUCAAUAGCUGGAGGUAAAGGAUCGACUCCUUUUAAAGGAGAUGACGAUAACAUUUUUAUAUCGCGAGUAACCGAAGGAGGUCCAGCAGACUUAGCCGGGUUGCGCGUUGGCGAUAAAGUACAUUCAGUAAACGGAGUACCCGUCCUAGGUGUAAAACAUUACGAUGCAGUCGAAGUGCUUAAGGCUUCUGGGUCCAUAUUAAUUUUAGAAGUGAGUCGAGAGGUGACAAGAAUAGUGGAAGGCUUAAAUAGUGAUUUAUCUUAUACGGCUAAACCUGAAACCUAUAACAUUCCUCCUCCACCCUUACCACCAGUUGAAGACGACGCCGCCCUUCAAAAGGUCUUAGUAAACACCACUUUGAUCAGAGACUCUAGGGGCCUCGGUUUUAGUAUAGCUGGUGGCAAAGGUUCUCCACCUUUUAAACCCGAUUCAGAUGCUAUUUAUGUAUCACGGAUUACGGAAGGUGGUGUCGCCUAUAAGGAUGGAAAACUUUGUCUGGGAGAUAGAGUAAUUUCUAUUAAUGGAUCAGAUUUAACUGGUGCUUCACAUAACCAUGCGGUUGCUUUAUUGACCGGUCUGGAACGAUUCGUGCGCUUAACAGUGGAAAGAGAAAUUGCUGUGUCAAAAAGUAGCCCAAGCGCCUCCCCUGGGCCAAAGCAAUCCCCCAGGUUAUUUGAGGGACCUAAAACAUACACAGGACCGUAUUCCGUUAAUCGGCCAGGUUAUACGGGAUACAGAAGAUCACUUGAAUCAGAUGUUAAGAAGGUCAACGAACAAGAACCGAUAAAGCAGGAUGAUCAGGUAUCAAAAUUAAACGGUAUUCAUCACGUUCCAAUACCAGCACCACGAAGCAGCAUCGAUCAUAGCGGCCAUCCAAAGCAACCCAUAUCCGCUAGUAUUAGCGGAAACAGUGUGCACAACCAUUUGAAUGAAAAAAAUAAAAAGGCGACGGCAAUGUCAUCACUCGACGGCGACGAUUCACAGGUACUGCCGCCCAAGCCUAUAACCAACGAAGAAUUUCAGGCAAUGAUACCCGCUCACUUCCUUAAAACAUCCCAAAAACAAACCAGUCCUUCCAGCGAUAUUUCUCACAAUCUGACCGCGAACACUAACUCUGUAACAACAGUGACGAUAAAGAAGCCCGAUACGAUUGAGCUGCCGCCGGCCCCUACUGGCCCCGGCCGCGUUACAGAAACAAUCACCAAGAGUACAUUUACGGAGACCGUGGUCACUCGCAUCACCGACAAUAAGUUGGAUGAGCCAUUGAUCAUCGAGGAUGUUAUUCUUAAUAAAGCAACAGGUUCUUUGGGAUUUAGUAUUAUUGGUGGUAUUGAUCAUUCCAGUAUUCCAUUUGGUGUCAACGAACCAGGCAUAUUUAUUUCACAUAUGGUGCCAGGAGGAACUGCGGCAAACUGUGGCAAACUUCGCGUAGGUAAUAGAAUUUUAAAAGUGAAUGGUACAGAUGUUACUUCUGCCACUCACCAAGAAGCUGUAAUGGAAUUGCUAAGGCCCGGUGAUAGUAUUAAUUUAACCAUACGUCACGACCCAUUACCAGAUGGUUUCCAAGAACUGCUGAUUGAAAAAAAUGAAAAUGAAAAAUUGGGAAUUCAUAUUAAAGGCGGCCUUCAAGGACAACGUGGCAAUCCUUUAGAUCAAUCAGAUGAAGGAGUUUUUGUCUCAAAAAUUAAUUCUGUGGGAGCGGCAAAAAGAGACGGCCGUCUGAAAACUGGUAUGAGAUUACUAGAAGUAAAUGGAAAAUCGCUUUUGGGUGCCACACAUCAAGAAGCAGUACAUACAUUAAGAUCCGGAGGUAAUUACAUACAUUUGGUAGUUUGCAAAGGGUAUGAUAAAAGCGAUGUGGAAAAAGCCAUUGCGGAAGGUAAACUAAUACGAGGCGGUUCGGUAAGCAGUCGUUCUCAAAGUGUCAGCUCACUAGACAUUCCAGAUGAGGAUAUUUUGCAGGAACAUAAAAUGAAAUCGGAAUUGGUUCAAUUUGAAAAAGAAGAUGCAGAAAAGCGUCUUCAGGCUAUACAUUUGUCCAAUGAAGAUGUGUCUUUAGUGGAAGUUAAAGCCACUACACCCGCCGAUAAGGUUUUGGAUGUAGUAAGAGCCGUGGAAACUUUAGCCCUAAGUCCACCUCCACCCUCACCAAAGAGCAAUAAAGAAAAAUCUUCAGUAAGUGAUAGAAAAAAAUUCUUCGAAUCUGCAAUGGAAGAAAGUCAAAAGCCUGCAAGGCCAGAAAAAGUAUUUAGUUAUUUAAGCCAGGACGAAAUUGAAAAAUUAAAAGCCGAAGAAGAAAAAAAAAUUGCCGACUUAUCCGCUGCUGAAGUAAAUUCCUUAAACCCUCUGGAUAAUUCAGAUGACGAAUCAAUUGAUUUACAAUCACAAACAAGGACUUUAAGUAGUAUCGGCGUUAUUCGGACAGCAAAAGCUGAAAAACGUUACAGAGAAAGACUGCGCGAUGAGAGCCUUUUAACUGAUGAAGACGAGAACCAUUUAUCUCCUGCAGAAGAGAGAGCAUUAAAAGCGGAAAAGCGAGCAGCAUGGAGAGCGGCAAGAUUAAAAUCUCUUGAACAAGACGCAAUUCAGGCACAGAUUGUAAUCAAAUCGAUGACAGACAUAGUCGGAUCUGGUGAUGCACCCGUAUCUACCAUCGCAGAAGCCUCGCCUACAGACGAAGGCGAAGUUACUAACAAUAUUGCAUGUAUCCAGCUGAAGCCCUCUAGUGCUGAUUUUCCGAAACUGGCAUUGAAAAGUGUACCUGGCCAAACAAAGGUCCGCGAGAGUGAGAAAAUAUUGGGCGAAACUAGAACAAGAAAAACCGAAGAAUAUAUUGAUGACACCACUGGAGAAAAACGUGUGCGUACCGUCGAGUAUGUUGAGAAACUGAUCGAAAGAGAGGUAUAA